GUUAGGAGGAGCAAACGUUGCCGUAGCAACAGAGAGACUUGCAGUGAGUAGCAGAAGGAGGAUUUUUCUGUGCUGGGUUUAAAAUCUCGAGGCGCACAGGGGGCAAGAUAAUCGACGUUUUAUAGCUGGGGCCGUCAUGGCUGCGAGCAACCCGUCUGUAUUUCUGCUCACGGUCAACGGACAGAUCGAAGGAGCGAACGUAAGUGCUGCUUGUGAGGUUUAGCUAAACAUUAGCCGUGAAGCUAAUUCCUUUCAGCUGUAGCAACACUGGCAUCAUGGCUUAAUGUGUUUGAACUCUCAGUAUAUGUUUCAAAACUUCAAGUCGUAAAAGUGAUAUUUUUUGUUGUAUUUCAGUUUCCAGAGUAUGACAACCUGUACUGCAAAUACUGCUUUGUUUACGGCCACGACUGGGCUCCCAGCUCGGUGAGUAACGUCUAGAGGUAGAGGAGUGAUGCGUUCAGGUGCUCCUCGAGACUUUCCCGGUGCGUUCAUGUGCUGUCAGAACCGUGGUGAUACUGAAAUAAGCACGUUAUGAUAAAAUGUUUAACAUUCAAAUUACGGCAAAAUACAAAUCAAGGCACGGGGUACUUAGAGAUACAGAUAUCUUACUUAAAAAUAGGAGCUGUGCGUGAAGGAAUUUACUGUUUAGCAUUUUGUACCAUGUUUACUUCCAUAUUUUAUUACUUUGAUAUUACAUUAUUUCAAAAUUAUUUUCCUUUGACUCAACUUUUAUUAUUUAAAUACUGCUUAAAUGGCUGUUCCUGCAGUUCUAUCUCUACCCUUUUCCACAAUUAUUCUUUUUUUGUAGUAUUAUUCUCUGUCAAUUAUUCUCUUGUCAGCCUUGGUGAUGCCACCUCCUCCUCAGCUCCUCUUCCAUGUGGAGUGCCCCAAGGCUCUAUACUUGGCCCAGUCCUUUUCUCCUUAUAUAUGCUCCCCCUGGGAUCUAUAUUUAAAAAACAUUUUUCAUUUCUAUGCUGACGAUACGCAGCUGUAUUUACCCCUGGAAUUAGGAGCUUCCAAUGCCUUGGGCCCACUGUUGGACUGUCUGUCUUUUAAACAAGGUCAAGUCUUUUUGAUCUUUUAGUGAUUUUAAGAAGGUUAUGCCUGCUUUUAUCAAGACUAGUCUUGAUUAUUGCAAUGCACUUUAUUUUGGUGCCAGCCAAACCUUUCUCAAUCGUUUACAGCUGGUUCAAAAUGCUGCAGCUCGUGUUUUAUCUGGUCGCCGUAAAUAUGACCACAUUUCCCCUAUUUUAGCCUUUCUUCUCUGGCUUCCUGUGCAUUUUAGGAUUGAUUUUAAAAUUUUAUUAACUUCUUCUUGGACUCUCAGAUCCUCUGACCAGUGCCUUCUGACUGUCCCUACGUCAAGAUUAAAGUUCAGGGGUGACCGGGCCUUUUCCGUUGCCGCGCCUAAGCUCUGGAAUGCUCUUCCUCUUCAUGUCCGACUGUCCCCCUCACUGCCUGUUUUUAAAUCAAACUUAAAAACGCACUUUUACUCCCUGGCUUUUAACUCCUGAGAACUUGGCCUUUUAAUCAUAUUUUUACUGAACCGUCCAUGUCCCCCUGUUUUUAAUGUGUUCCUGUGUCUUUGUUUUAUUGUUCGUGUUAAUUGUCACUUUGGUCAGUGUUUUGUUAUUUUUAAAUGUGCUUUAUAAAUAAACCUGGAUUGGAUUGGAUUAUAUUUUACUCUUUUUUUACUCCCUUUACUUUUUUAAUCACACAUUUUAAUUCUGUUGGUUUGCAUUAGUACUUACCUCUUGAUCCGCUUUUGCCUUCUAGUAAGUACCAAAUUUUAAUGAUUUUUUUCUUUCUUGUUUUCAAUCACUGCAGAGUACUUUGAAUUGCAUUUGGUUUGUAGGGAAGGUGCUUUAUAGAUAAAACUUAUUGACUGACUGAUACUGUGUACUGAAUGUUUGCAGUGAUAUGGUCAGUAGCUUCUAGGAAAAUAUUCCACAUUUAAAUGUCAUACUCAGAGUGUGCGAGUCUUACCGUAACACCUGUUUUGAUUGUGGUGAUUGUGUGUGAUUUACUCCAUAAGUGCUGACAAUGAUAUUAACAGUGGGGCUGUAAAUCAGCACCAAACCCUUACAUAUUUUAGACUGAAGAACACUUGAUUUUGUUACGGUGGUGGAAAAUACCUUUUUCCCUUGUUUCUAUCUGAAGCUGUUGUAACAGGUGAAUGCCUCCAAUGGAUGGUAUAUUUUCUUAUCUUGGCAUCAUAGUAGCAGUUCUUUGAAUAUUUGUAUGUUUUUCUGCAGGGGUUGGAAGAAGGUAUCACUCAAAUAACCUGUAAAGGCACUCAAUCUUCACACAAGUUAAUCUGGAACUUCCCGCUGGAGACGACAUUCAAGAGCACAAACCCUUCAGGAUGUGAGUACUACAUAUACACAAACCGCACAGUACUAUUUGGUAGUAAUCCCCUUCAUACACUUGUUCAGUUUGUUUGUCCUACCUAAAAAUACACUGUCGGGUUGAAAAUAUGAGUGUUAUGAAAUUCUGGCUUCGUAUUUGUUUUCCAGGGCCUCAGCUUGUGGUCAGUGUAUACGGUCCAGAUGUGUUUGGCAAUGAUGUGGUCAGGGGCUAUGGAGCAACACACAUCCCCUUCACACCUGGACAGUCAGUAUUGCCUCCAUCUACCUCCUGUUCUCCCUUAAAACCAGCAUUUCAGCGGUUUCAUACGCCUGAUCUACGAAUGUAAAAAUGGAACUCCUCUUAUGCAAUGUCUCUAAAGAACCUGCUGUGUGUUUUUGUCUUCCAGACAUACUCGGACCAUCCCCAUGUUUGUCCCCGAGCCCACGUGGAGGCUUCAGAAAUUCACGAGGUGAGAUGUGUGAGCAGUUGUGUGUUGGUGUUUGGUUUGUCUUUCUCAGCAGCUGUGGAGCUUCAGCUGAUAAGUUGUGCCUGCUGGGGAGGCAGACGAUCUCUGAGCAUUAUCAAAUAUUUACUGCUCUACUGUCUGUGUACUUGAGAGUUCUGCUAAGGAUACUGUCUAGACAUCUGUGGUGAGAAUCCUUCGUACCUUUAUGUUUUAUUUGACAGCUGCUGUUAUCAGUGGAAAAACAUCAACAUUGUUCUGCUCAUCUGUUACCAACACAAUAGUCCUUAUGUUUUCUUAAACAGAGACGCCAACUUAGAUCUUUUGAUUUACCUUCCAUAUCGCAGCGUUAUAAUGUUUCCUACUUUUACCACUUGAUGGAAGGAAAGUUCUUCAAGUUGACACCGUUAAUGCAUUCUAGCUCACGCAUUUGAUAUAAUUGUGCUUCAGAAUCAUUUUCAAAACAGCAAAGAUAUUAGCAUUAUUAGCACACAUUAGCAUGUAAAUGCAAAAACUGUCAUCAGAAUGCUCGUGCUUCUUUCACCAUCAUAUAAACGUUUCACUAUGAAAGCACCAAGCUUUCGAGAUCAGGUUCUUUCCUCUUUGCAAACAGGGAAGACGCGUGAACAAGAAAACUUUGAUUUCUUUUGUGGCAGAGCUUCCUGAAAUUUUUAAGAAAUUGUCAGGAGUGCAUAGGGGAGAGUGGGGUAAGUUGAGCCACCUCCUGUUGCUUGGAAAUGGUAAAAGAAAUUGAUCAUGUGACCAAAUAUUUAGGAGAUGAGCAUCAAUUCAUGGAGUCUGUGAAGGUUAGAAGCACAUGGGUGAAGGGGUUAGACAUUUAUUAAAAAGCGACUCUUAUUUAUGGAGAGAGAAGGUGAGGGAGGGAUACGGCUCAACUUACCCCGCUCCAAUGUUCAACUAACGCCAUACAGGGGGUAUGUUGACCAUAGGAGACCACUUUUUUUUGGCAUGCUAUAUUAUCAAGACAGUUAUGUUUACACUCAUUCUGUUGGGUUGCAGGGACGCACAACAUCCUGAAAUAUAUGCAGAUACACUAGUUAGAGACGAAACUAUGAUUGCCUUGAUGUAGUGAUCUGAAAUAUGAAAAAUGGCUCAUCUUACCCCACCCUCCCCUAUUUGUAAAAGGCUUGCGCCAUCAUGAUGCAUCCAUUUCAUUACUUCCUGUCUUUUCUUUCUUGAUUAGCUGGCUGUUGGGAAGGCGACCCGAGUACACAGACCCUAAAGUUGUGGCCCAGGGUGAAGGCCGAGAAGGUUUGUUUCAUAUAUUUACUUCAGUUUUCUUUUGUCUUUCUCUCUGUUUGUUUAACAGCAUUUGUUUGUAGUUAAACCACCGACUCGGAUCAGAAAUUUUUCAGAGGUGUCACUUUCAAGGGGGCGGGUCUGAUCUGAAACAGCACAACUUAACUAAUGUGAUUGAUUAGACUGGAACAUCCAUACACAGGAGGAAACAGUUCAUCAGCUACAGCACAGGACAAUGAGGCUGUGUGUCUUCUCUUCGACUGAUAUACAACUGCAACUCAGUGAGAAUUUUGUGUUGCAGUGACACGAGUCCGUUCCCAAGGCUUCGUCACAGUCUCCUUUCACAUCAUGACCAAAGACAUGAAGAAACUCGGCUACGACACCGGACCGUCGGGCCCCGUGAACACACAAUCUGCCACAUCUGGGUGGUCAACAGAGGAGCAGUAAGGAAGAGUGUGUGUCAUGAAGAGAGACUUUUGGAGAUUUGCAGGAUUCCUAAAACUUUUCCUCCUUCUUUCAGGACAUUUGGUUUACAUUUAUAUGAGAUUUUUUUUUAAAAAGCAGUUUUAGAUAUGUUGUAAGGUCUUCAAUGUGUUUUAUAAGCUUUAUUUUUCAACACUUUUUAAAUAAACUGACUUCCUCUUGAGUUUUUCAUAAAAAAAAAAAAUAAAAAAAUAAGAGGACACGCAAAAUGCUGAAGUGAUACACAUUUUAUUUUGAACCAAUGCAGCUACAGUUGUCCUCAUCCGACACGGUUCGGCCCUGCUGCGUUCGUUUGUUUAGAUGCCGUUAAAAUACCACCGUGACUUUUCCUAAAAAAAAAAAACCCAUUACACAGAAUAAUAAGGUAUACAGAGGAACAGUAUGUUACAAUAGUACAAAUGAUAAAUUAUAUUAUACAGUUAUAAUGCCAACAGGUUGAGCACGUAUCCAAUAAAAAAAGCAGCCUGCUCCCAGUACUAUGAGAAGGGUAAAUAGACAGACAUGGAAAAGAUUAAAGGAAGCUGUUUAUGCAUAUAAAGACAGACAGUCAAAAAGGUCAGUUAGUCCUCUUGAUAAAAGCAUAGUGAAUACAUAGUAACACGCGGAGGAGCUCGCUACACACAGGCCACAUUUUCACUGCACCAGAGCUACCACUGUGAGAAACUGUUCAGCUGCAGUGUGAUCGGACUGGUCAGGAGUGCUCAAUUCGUUCAAGACAGUCAAAGUUUGGAGUCAGUUUUUUUAUUUUAUUUGAUACAUCACUAACUUUUCCACAAUCACUGGAGUGAAGUCAAAAGUCAGGCCGCAGUGAAAUCAAGGCCGGUGGAAGAGUGGCGAAGAGUGUCUUCAGCUAGAAUAUCAUCAUAGCAUUUCAAUAGACUUUUUUUUUUUUCAACAAAUCUAAACACAUCGAGCGCCGAAUCUUCUUUUCCAAACUCCGAUUUUUGCAUAUUUUAGUCGAGAUAAAAAUGUUUGCUGGUCUGCAAGUCAGUGUCGCAUCCAUUCAUCCCCCCAACAAGCAUAAGAAAUCAUCACUACCAUCAUCAACAAAAUCAUACGCACAGUUUGGAGCUGCCCCUCCUUUUGCCUGAGAGAAAUGAAGGUCUGCCUUUAGUGGAAAUAUCAAGGGUCCCGCAAUCUAGCUACCAUACCACAGUAGACCAGGAGAGGGCGCCACCUCACACCAAAAGAGAAAAAGAAACCCUCCACAGUAAUAACAUUGGCAGUGAUAAACAGAGCUAAAAAAGAAGGGAUUACAGAGAGUGAGGGUCUACGCAACAGGUUGUGUUUCAUCAACCCCCCCCUUUUUUUUUUUUCAACCGAUACAAGAGAGACGCUCAGCUUGUAAUCAGUAAAUGCACUGCUUUUCAGCCAAAAGUAACACUUUCCUCCACGAACGUCUGCACAAAUAGCUUCAAAUAUAAAAACUUAUAACAAUGGAGUCAUGAAUUUCCAAAAAAACAAAACAAAAACAAAAAAAACUGUUAAAACUACUCCAAGUCCUCCGAAAUCACAGUCGCUAUGACUUUGGUAACAGUUGUGCUUCUAAGAGAAAAGAAUGACGAAGCCUACCCAGGGUGACGAAUUAAAAAAAAAAAAAAAAAAACGACGAGAAAGAGAGAGUGAAGAUGAUACAUGGCUUAGCUAGUACACAGCUCCAAAAAGGCUUGGAUUUAAAUCUAACAACAAAAAAUAAAGUAACACAAAAUAAACAACUGCUUGUUUACAUGACGUGUUUUUAGCUGUCGUCUGCUGCAGGAUUCCCUGUGCUAUCAAUAGACCCAUCCUGGACCAGCCCCGCUUGAGUGUAUGUGUGUGUGUUUUAAGUGUGUGUGAGUGUGUGUCUGCCAGGUAGUGUUCUGGCAGAUAGAUUAGCCCCGUAAAUCCACUCAGAGGUAAACUCUCUUCAUGGCGCAGAGUGGCUGACAUGCUCUUCUUUCCCAGGCCCUGUCGCCAUCGCAACACUGUGAUAAAUGCUCUGACACACACAUACACACACAUACGCGCACAUACACCGUUAAGGCUGCAGAUGUCUACAUCUAACUUCUUUACUGAGUGAGAAAUGGAAACACCUUCUUCUUGUUAAAGUACACUCAGAAGCUAAACAUCUCUCUCAAGUGAACACACACGCUCGUACUCACACACACACACACACACAACCCACCCUCUUUCCCUUUGACCCUAGAAACAAACUAGACAAAAAAAGCUGUCCCAUGAUGCCUUUCUGCAUCCUUGUGUUCAGCUGGCAAAAAAUACUGCUGCCAUUACAGUUCAUGUCUUUUUUUUCUGAACACGCACUGGUGGUGGUGGUGGUGGUGGUGGGGGCUUGCAGACAAACACAUCAACACGGCGUCUGUUAGUAUCUGAGCGUUGAAGAAGUCGUGUUUGCGUCGAGGGGUCCACCUCCUCUGUUAAAUAUCUGUUGUCCAUUACUUGUCUCCUGCUAGGUGAUUGGGGGAUGGUGGGGGGGGAGCAGGUCCAGGCGAGAGCUGUGACUGAGUGGUACCGAGAGCAGAGGCGGCGUGGGUGUGUCCUCUCCCUCCCUUUAGCUAAGGUGUAACGGUGAGCCCAACAGUCGCAGAGGGAAAGAAAACGAAAGAAGGAGGAAAAAACUGUGCAAAAUCCCUGCUUAGUGACACACACGCACACACACACACACAGUCACACACAUAAAGAGUAAAAACACAUCUGCCCAUAUCUCAUUCUUACUCCAGUGUGUGGAAGUGAAACCCACUGGAAUAUAACACAGUGUAAAAGUACUGUAGAUGUGCGCUCGCCUGCUCAAACACACUUACACACACAUACACACACACACACACACAUCAGCUGACAGGGCUUAUAAAAGAUUAGCUCUAGUGAGGAGAUAAAGAUCCUGGCGUUAGUACAGUCAAAAUCUCCUGUCCCUCCACUGCAGGAGGGGAAAAAAAAAAUCCUAAAUGAGAUGUGAGGGAGAGGAGGAAACGGGAGGAGAGAGUGUGCCCCUUUCUCGCCACUGUGACGGGGGGAGAACUGUAAACACCACGGUGUCUUUGUCAGAAGUGUUUGUGGUCAUCAUGGUCAGGUGAUUAGGAACACACAGGACUAGGCAGCUUGUAGCGUUGAAAGGGAGAGACAGAGGGAGGGAGGAGUGAGGACGUGUGUUAAGGUAGGAGGAGGCCGGGCUGUGACUAUGACCUGGUGAGGAGUCGGUUAUAACAGGAUAAAUGGGAUAAGACAUCUCCUUGUUUAUUCUGUAGCUAAAGUGGAAGAGAGAGAAAGAGAGUUAGGGGGGAAAAAAAAAGAGGGGGUCACUCUGUCUACCCCCCUCACAAAAGGAAAGGGUUGGUGGUUCCGGUGGGCUGCGCACCAGCCUGGGGCGGCAUGCUCAUCAGGGGCUGGGGCAUGGACAUGGAGGCUGGGAUGCUGGCGCUUAUUCCGGCGUUUGCUCCGACGGCACCGACGCCCAUCCCGGGCAUCACGCGGCCCAUGGGGGCCAUGCCUGCCAGGGGGACCAUGGUGAUGGGCUGAGCGGGCAUGGAGGUGAGGGCCAUGGGCUCGGCUAUGCCGCCGAAACUGGCGGGCAUGGGGCUGACCCGCAUCUGGUUGAGGGUGGGGGGUGCUGGCUGGGUCACUUGGAAUGGGUUGGCGUGGGCUGGGGCUGGAGCAGCGCC